AUGUCGGAGGGCGACGGCAACGCGGCGCUGCUGUGGCUUCUGCAGAUCGCCUGGGAGAGCACUAUGUUGGCCAUGGGCCAGGUAGCACUCAUCUCCGUGAUCGAGGCGAGUGGUGGCCUGGACGUCGUGCUCAAGUAUCUCGACUUCUGUUUGCUGGCCUCGGUGUGGCGACUGGCGAACGACAUCGUCGAGAACGAGCCGCGGCUCGACUUAUUCGUCAACAACGCCGGUCGCACGGAGCCCUUUCAACAGACGCUGGAUUAUAGAGGACCAUACAGAGCGACCACUUGCACCACUACACGCACAGCCGCGCGUACCGCCUUUAAGCUGUACAACGUGUACUUCGCCCACGAGAUGACCGACAAGCUGCGCGGUGAGCGGGUCACCGUCAAUGCACUCCACCCGGGUCUGCUCAAGUCGCGCUCCUUCCGCGAGCCGGCCACCACGUACUUCUUGAAGUUCCUGUGGAGGAAGAGGAGGGCCGGCGGUCGUAGCAGCUGCUACUGCUAUGGCUGCCGCUCGUAG